AUGUUUAAAGUAUACAGAGCCCACGACUUUAGAUUAGCCUCUGUGGAUCGUAUGGGGAAAACCCUCUCCCAAAGAUUCUCAUCAACUACAAGAACAAACAAUAGCCCCAUCAUAACGGUAAAAAAGGCCCAUGGAACCACCGCAACAUCAUCAACAACUGCAGCAAGCCAAACCAACCUGAACUCGAGUACAUCCCUGACUUCUGGAGGUCCUCAGAAUGAUGCCAAAGCUGGUAGUCAACAACAUCAAGAGACAAAAGCGUCAGAACAAGAUAAAAGUGAGUUAGAUGGCAGAAAGCGUCAGCAAAAGAUGACUCAGGUGGACUAUUCCUGGUUACCCAAGGCUCCAAAAUUGAAGUCUUUCUCUCCAAGAGAACUCCGUCUACAAUCUUUAUAUAGUGGUUAUAGACCAUUAUUUAUGGAGUACAGAAAAAACGCGUCUAAAUUAGAUCUGUCGGAUGGUCAACUAUUGCUAGAUGAAGAGCCUAGUGUGUGGUCUUACUCUGCCACCGAGAUGGAUUAUUACUCUGAAUGGGAAAAUAUUCCAACCAAUGUUUCACAGCAAUUAAAGCCAUUUGAAUUGACAUUAGAUGAUAGCAUUUUUGAUAAAAAAAUUGCGAAAAAUGAACAAGAUGAAAAUAAGAAGAAUGCGUCAAAAGAUAGCAAUAGUAUAAGAGAGAAUGAAGGCCAAAGUGGAGAAGCUCAAAAGGCAAAAAUAGUAACCAGUGGGCGAAAGAGAUAUUUGCCUGAAAGAUAUCAGAGAACUAUAAAAUCGAGAGCUGAGAGAAAACUUGAAUUGAAGAGAUUAUUGCAAAAGAAGAGUUCGAAAUGA